GCCGGUGAGCCGAUCCGAUGAGGAUUCAGUCGGUGGGGGGUUUCGGGCUGCGGAGGGCGACGACGUGGGAAUUUACCGCCGUCUUGAGAGUGUUACCGUGGCGGCUAGGGCUGCCAGACCUAAUCACAACAGACCAAUCCAGUCCGUUUCGGACUGCGUCAUACGUCCCAGUUCAGAGAGUAACUACUCAGGCUUCAGGUCCGCAUACGGUUCCCAUUCCGUUCCGAUUUCUUUGUACCCGAGUUGUGCUCAGCAGGAGCUGGCAUUAGGGUUCGGUCAAGCGGACGUGGUGGGGGCGCAGUCCAGACAGGAAUGAGCCAGGAUGCCGAAGCUAUAACCUAACAGGCUGCAGGUCAGAGAUUACAUAGAGAGGAGGUCCCUGUUCACUCAUGGAGAAUGUCGAAUUCCUCUCUUCGUUUUCUAGAUCACGAUGUUAUCGACGUAUCAACUUUGAGAUUGGCGAAUGAAACGCGAGAAGCUUUUAUGACUGUCAACGAUUUCACAUUCUGACACGAGAUUGGGUGAAAAAAGUCAGGCAAUAUGGGACGAUUGGAUAACAUACUAGAUAUCCUUAUGGAAGACAUACUGCCGCCUAGCAAUCCGCUUUCCGGUUCACAGAGUUUUCAAUUUUCGUUCUUUCGGUUACGAGUUUAAAAGUUACUGGCUUCAUCACAUCGAUUUGAUAUCGUUGUCCAUUUCAUAUCCACAAUGUAUUCACAAUCCAGUUGCAAUUUACAUGAGAUCUUUUUUUCAAGCCAUUGAUUUCAAGAUCUGAAUUUUCAAGUUAUCAAGU